UAUACUGACAGACAGGCCCUUCACGGUCUCAUGCAGUGACAUGACAGCCAUGGAGAUGGUUUCACUGGCACUGCUGUUGGUGUCAGGAGCGGCUGCGCAGGAAGAGUCACGAAUCGUUGGAGGAACCGCAUGCAUGAAAGGUUUCCAACCUUGGCAUGCAGCCAUCUAUGACAUGAACCGGUUCUAUUGCAGCGGGGCUCUGGUGACCAUGGAGUGGGUGUUGACCGCUGCACACUGCAGACUCCCAGGCACCACUUACGUGCGCCUGGGAGUGCACAACAUGUUGCGCAUGGAGGACACUGUACAGCAAAAGAGAGCGGUCCGGCUCGUGCCUCACCCAAACUACGAUUCCAUCAGCAAGGACAAUGACAUCAUGCUGAUCAGGCUCUCCUCACCAGCGGCCAUCACCGACAGUGUCCAGCCCAUCAACGUGGCCAAGGGAGCAGCAAUGACUGUACACUCUCUAACUUUGUGUCCUGUCAUGCUCCUGUGGGCGCCAUUUUGUGACUGGCACCCGCCACCCUUUCACAAAAUUCCAAGUGUGCUACUGGUCCAAAACGGUUGGCGACCCCUAACCUUGGUAACUGUCGUCUCUACAGCAAGCAUCCCUGAAGAAUUGCAGUGUGUUUAUCUCCCCAUCAUCACGCAGAGUGAGUGUGAGGCGGUGUAUCCUGAUGCCAUCACCGAGAACAUGUUGUGCGCUGGCGUGAGGGAAGGGGGUGCUGACACUUGCCAGGGCGAUUCUGGGGGACCCCUCAUCUGCAACGAAGAACUUCAGGGCAUCGUGUCUUGGGGUCCAGAGGUGUGCGGCCAGCCUGGGAAACCUGGUAUCUAUACUAAGGUCUGCAACUACGUCGGCUGGAUCCGGGAGGUGAUACAGCGCGGGUGACGCCAGCUCAGAGACGAAGCGCACAAAUAAAGCAUAAGAAAUGAA